CUCCCUUCUUCCCUCUAUUCUGUUGAGCAUCGCGUCUUCGACUCUAAUUUCGUUCCCCUUCCUUUCACCAUUCUGCUGUGUCCUAGUAAGAAGCCGACUAACUUACUGUAUAGGUACGACCCUCAUCCCAGAGGGGUAUCCUCCCGGUUUCGCGUGUUGAUUAGACAACCGUGGAAUUCAGGUUCACAGUCAGACCAUGACUGCUCGCGAGGCAGUCUUGCUCCUCGUGAGCGUCGGUCGGUUUGGCUGCUUCGAUAAUAGGGCCGCAUCUCUCCAAGAGUGCGGUGUAUUUAGGCGAGGUUUAGCUCUCUUCGAGAGUUUCACUUCGUUGCUUUCCCUGUCGGCCUCUCUUCGAGAGUACGAUAUAUUCAUCCGAGCGUCUACAGAGGGACUCGUUCAAGCUCUCUUCGAGGGUCUUGUCUUUUUCCUAUGUUCUUUGGUCCCAGACGUUUGCCGCUAUUCCUUCGAGGAUGCGGUAUAUCUCGGCAGAUAUCGCGCUUCUCUUCGAGACGUGAUGGUCUGCCAAACCCUGUGCUACUUCUCUUCGAGAAUGUGGUUUUCAUAUACUCAGCCGCUACCUUCCUUGAGGGUGCGGUUUAUCCUAGCAGAUAUUGUUCCUCCCUUUGAGAGGCGAUGGUCUGCUAAACCCCGUUCCACCUCUCUUCGAGAGUGUGGUCUUCUACUAACACCUUGCUACCUCUCUUCGAGAGUGUGGUUUUUACUUAACCUCUUCCACCUCUCUUCGAGAGCUGUGGUCUACAAUCCCUUGCCGGCUCUCCUCGAAAGUCUGGCUGUUCUUUCUUUGUACUUGUGCCGGCUCUCUUCGAGAGAUUUCGGUUGGAUUCCUUCUCAGCCUACCGACUGAAUUCAUCGCCUCCGUCUGUCGCCAUCUCUCCGCCUCCAACGCCAAAGUUUGCCAUUCCUGAGCCAAAGAUAGCCGACCGAUUCCCCUCGCCGUUAUAGAAGCCAGAGUACGACCCACUUUCAGUCUUCCGUGUGAUUAUCUAGUCUCGGG